CGGGCGCGACCUUGGCGCGAGUAGCUACGUAACAUCUCGAGAGGAAACGACAGAACGUAGAGGUGGGGUGAGUGCCGUGGUGGACCACAACAGAAACAGAGGCAAGAUACUAGCCUUUGGUUAUUCACAGUCAAGCAUGUACUACUACCGAUAUUCUCAACCUACCGAGGUCAGCUGCUGCUAUAAAUACAUGAUGUUCAGCUACAACAUUGUCUUCUGGCUAGCUGGAGCAGCUUUCUUGGCAAUUGGAUUGUGGGCAUGGAGUGAAAAGGGGGUGCUUUCAGACAUCUCUCAGGUUACACGUCUCCACGGUUUUGACCCUGUGUGGAUAGUUCUAAUUGUUGGAACAGUGACCUUCAUCCUUGGAUUUGCAGGAUGUGUGGGGGCUCUGAGAGAGAACAUCUGCCUUCUGAAGUUUUUCUGUGGAGUGAUUGGUUUAAUCUUCUUCCUGGAACUGACAACUGGUGUGAUGGCCUUCGUCUUUCAGGAUCAGCUUAGAGAAUGGGUUAAAGAUUUUUUUCUGACCAAUAUAAAGGGCUACAGAGAAGACAUUGACUUACAGAACUUGAUUGAUUCAUUACAAAGAGCUAACCAGUGUUGUGGUGCCGACGGACCACAAAAUUGGGAUUUAAAUGUCUAUUUUAAUUGCAGUAAUAAUAAUCCCAGUAGAGAAAAAUGUGGCGUGCCAUUUUCCUGUUGCCUAUAUGAUCCAGCUGAAAUUGUUGUUAAUACACAAUGUGGCUAUGAUGUCAGAAGUAAGCCAGAAAAGCAAUGGGAGUCAGUCAUCUAUACUAAGGGCUGUAUUGCUGCAUUAGAAGCGUGGUUACCUAGAAACAUCUAUAUUGUGGCUGGAGUCUUCAUAGUGAUUUCACUCCUACAGAUGUUUGGCAUCUAUUUGGCUCGGACUCUCAUUGGGGACAUUGAGGCUGCUAAAUUUACUUACCACUGAAGAUCUACGCAAAAGCUGGUUCUGUGUUGAUGUAGACAUGCACAUGCUCAAGCACUGAUUGUUGUCUUGCUCUUUGGUGAGAAGUGUGCUGUUUUAUGGCCUGCCCCUUCAACCUCAGAGCUAGGCCAUCUGAACUAUGGAUUAUUCUGGAUUACCUUUUAUUGCGUCAAAUGUGUGUGCCACAUUAUGGAGCAGAUCUGUCCCUGUACCAUUAUGGUUCAGCUGAUUUGUUCCGCAUAGCUUUUAUGUCUGAGCCCUCUUUUGAAACUGUGAUGUCACACACUGGUAGGCCUUAUUGCCUGAAAGGAUUGACUUCCUUUGUAGCAUAAGAGAUGGGGGGUACAUCACUGUUUUUUAGGGCAUUGACCUGUUCUGUUUUUUGUCUUAUGACUUGGCUUUCUUUAUUGACUGCCAAACCUUAAUAGGAUUUUCUUUCUUCCAUCUUUAGCACGUAUUUUGCCUUGCACUAAUUUGUGGUCCUACAUCUUCUAAAUCAGUAUUAUACAAGUGCUGUACAUGGUGGAAUGGUAUAGCUUAGAGACUGACUCAAGAUAACAAGCAGUUUGAUUCCAAGGGCUUCAGAUAAAACAUAGCAAUAUUCUUGCUAUGUGACUUCCCUAUUUUGAUUUGCUUCAAAAGUGUUGAGUUGUGGUCUGUUUCAAGAGCAGCACUUGACACGUCCAGCUGUUGAUGAGAGCUUUCAAUGCUUUAAAUUAAAUGAAAGCUGGGCCUAACAUGGCUGCAUUUAUAAAACAAAAGUAUGUAAAGAUAUCUGUUUUCUUGAUACCAAAGUGUCUUAAUUGAUUCUAGAAAAAUUCAGGGAACAACAUUUCAUAGAUUUGUAAGCUGAUUUAAAACUGAAGUAACUUAAAAGUUGUGUAUAAAAAAAGCAUUUUUGAAACUGCAAAAUCCAGUAUGUAAUAUAAAGGUGACCCUUCAAAGACACAUGUCCAGUUUAUUACCUUUUAUAUAUUUUGAUUUUAUUUUUAGAACACUCUACUUGAAUGACAUAAACAAGUUUCACAGAAAUGUAAGAGUUGGAAUUGCUUCUUUUAUGCUUUGGCAUCAAAUAUUCCACAAGCAAUCAUACUAAGCAGCUUAAAGUGCUGCCUGGUUUACAGACAGAAAUGCUCACGUUUAUUUGUACCAUACAUGUCACUAGCAUUAUUUUUUUUGCGUGUCAAAACCAUUUUUAAAUGUAAUGUUUACUAAUGAAUGUUUUCAAUAAAGCAGAUUUACUUUUUUAUCCUAAAAGUACAUUAAAUGUUCUUGUAACAGACUUUAGCAUUUGUACUUUUAUAUUGUAAAUUAUACAGAAUUCUAAAUAAUAAAUAAUAUAGAAUUCUAUAAGCUU